AUGUGGACUAUUCCCAAGCCACGAUACAGAACUGGUUCGUGUGGUGACGGUGAGAUAACCGUGAACAUCGGCGGGGUCCGAGUAGUACUUUACGAGGAUGUUUUGAAUCGUUACCCCGAGAGCAGACUGGCUGAGUUGGUGAACUGCUCAUCGGCGCAGAAUGAUGAACUUUUUUCGUCUCUUUGUGACGACUUUGACCCCGGCCAGGAGUUUUAUUUUGACCGGGAUCCAGAUGCGUUCAAGUGCAUCAUCGAUGUUUAUUACUUCGACGAAAUCCACAUCAAACGCGGCUUUUGCCCAAUUUGUUUCAUCAAGGAGAUGGAGUUCUGGAAAAUAGACCUAAGUGCUCUAGAUGAGUGCUGCAAAAGUUAUUUGAGCGAAAAGGAGGGGGAGCUGAGCGAGAUAGCGAGCAAAGUGAAGGUAAUAUUGGAGGACAUGGAGGUAGACCAAAAUGCGACGGGCACCCAGAGAUAAAGGUUCUUGUGGCGCCUCAUGGAGAAGCCUGGUUCCUCCUUCCCCGCGCGUGUCAUCGCCAUUACAUCUUUCCUCUCUGUCCUGGUCUCGGCGGUGGUCAUGUGCGUGGGAACCAUCCCCGAAUUGCAGGUGACGGACGCCGAGGGGGAGCUUGUGGAGCACCCGACUUUGGAGGCUAUUGAAACGGCGUGCAUGCUGUGGUUCACCGCAGAGUACCUGCUGCGCCUUGCUUCCUCGCCAGAUAAGUUACACUUUGCGCUCUCCUUCAUGAACGUCGUGGACUUCAUGGCUAUUAUGCCUUUUUACGUGGUCCUAAGUCUAACCUACCUCGGCACCAGCUCCAUGAUUGAACUCGGCAACGUACAGCAGGCGGUGCAAGCGCUGCGCAUUAUGCGCAUCGCGCGUGUUUUCAAGUUGGCGCGCCACUCUUCGGGACUCCAAACACUCACGUACGCGCUCAAGAGGAGUCUCAAGGAGCUGGGGCUGCUGCUCAUGUACAUGGGCGUGGGCAUCUUCGUGUUCUCAGCUCUAGGUUACACCAUGGAGCAAAGUCACCCCGAGACUCUUUUCAGGAGCAUUCCACAAUCCUUCUGGUGGGCCAUCAUCACCAUGACGACGGUGGGAUACGGAGACAUCUACCCCAAAACCACUUUGGGCAAGUGCAACGCGGCCGUCAGUUUCCUGUGCGGCGUCAUAGCCAUUGCCUUACCCAUACAUCCCAUCAUUAAUAACUUUGUGGUGUUCUACAACAAACAGCAAGUGUUGGAGACUGCCGCCAAGCAUGAAGUGGAACUGAUGGAACUCAAAUCUGGUGAAGAUGCUCCUCGAAAAGGCAAUGACAAAGAUGACACUUAUGACAGUUAA